UGAGCGAUCUCAUUGGAUCAGAUAUCACUAUAACAGAAGGACUUAACCCGACAGGGAGGUUUGCAGAACCUGACUUCCAGUCUCGGAAAGAGUGGAAAAUCACUUCCUUCAGCUCUUUUGAGGUCCACUCUCACUAUGUCUGACACCGAGGACGUUGAUCAAUACGAAGAAUACGAAGGGGAAGAUGAGAAGCCAAAGUUCAAGCCAAGUGCACCUAAGAUCCCAGAUGGGGAAAAGGUAGACUUUGAUGACAUCCAGAAGAAACGUCAGAACAAGGACCUCGUUGAGCUGCAGGGCCUAAUCGAUGCUCACUUCGAACACAGGAAAAAGGAGGAGGAGGAGCUGAUAGCACUAAAAGACAGAAUUGAGAAGCGAAGAUCUGAAAGGGCGGAGCAAGUGAGGAUCAGGACUGAGAAGGACAGGGAGCGCCAGGCGAGACGUGAGGAGGAGAGGCUGAAGAGAGAGGAAGCAGAUGCCAGGAAGAAAGCAGAUGAGGACGCCAAGAAAAAGUCAGCCCUGUCAAACAUAGGUUCAUCCUACAGCAGCUAUUUGCAGAAGGCUGACCAGAAGAGAGGCGGGAAGAAGCAGACGGAGAGAGAAAAGAAGAAGAAAAUUCUGGCAGAGAGACGCAAGCCUCUCAACAUUGACCACUUGAGUGAAGACAAACUAAGGGACAAGGCCAAGGAACUGUGGGAAUGGAUGCAGACCCUCGAGUCUGAGAAGUUUGACCAUAUGGAGAAGCUGAAGAGGCAGAAGUAUGAGGUCAUCUCUCUCAGAAACCGCAUUGACGAGCUGCAGAAGCACAGCAAGAAGGGAGCUGCCGCCCGCCGCAGGAAGUAAAGAACCUCUCCAGGAGGUCCUACACCCAGCAUGUCCCUCUCUUGUGGCCCGGACCAUGGACCGCUCCUAUAGGGGACCCCCUACUGCCACAGCGAUCCAGACCACACCAACACAAUCGGCACAAACACGACACACACUCCAAGUCUUCCCGUUCGUCUCACACGGUAAAAAAGCUUUUUGCUGCUGUUAUACAAAUAGCCCCCACUGUGCCCACUCACUCUGGACUGCUGUCCGGUUAAAAAAUUUUUUUUUUUUGUAAAUAAAGCAUAACCCUUCAACAAA